AACAGUUAAAUUUGAACGUCCAAGACGAGAGUAUCGUACUCUUGACUAUUUGCCUCUGCGGUUUAUUUUCGCGAAUGUCUUAAUAGGUGUCUAUUGAUAGGUUAAUUAAAUUAGUCAGACAAAUAUUGAAUUUUAUAUCGGAUUUCAAAACAUAAUCUUUGGGCUUAGUUCAAGUAGUUCACACGAGUUGUUCCAUCCAUCGUGUUAGUUUUGUGCAGCAUGAAAAUGAUGAUAGUGUAUUAAGCUAUGUUUGUACUGGGAAGGUGUGAAUAGAAAGCAAGAUUAUGUGAAAUGUUUAAAAUGCGAAGAAAUGAAACGAAAAGGAGAAAGUUGAAAGUAUGCAUCUUCAUGAUCAACCGUCUUGAAUGGAAAACCCUAGGAAGUGCACAUAUUGCGGUUCAUAUAACGACAAGCAACAUCUGAAAUGUACAGAUAUUGGAAAAAUUAUUAUCACUCUUAUUAUACGAUUGUUACUGACGAUCGAGGAUAUGAACCAGCAAAAAAAAGCAGAAUUGGGCUUAUUUCACCCUCUUGUUUUGGUGACGCUGAUACCGAUACUAACUACAAAUGGUCUUGGAUACGAUUCUGCAUCAUCAUGUGAUACAAAUGCAUCACGGAAAGGUCGCUCAGCUCAAUUACUUCAAACAAUUCCAUGUGAUUUAAGCAUUCAAGCGUACUGCAAUCUUCCAGGAACAUCCUACCCUUGGCAUGCUGUUCGUCGAUUUGUACAUGAAAAUCAGGGUCUUAUGCGUAGAAUGUAUGGUGACAUUCGACACAUAUCCAUUUUGAAGGCUGAAAUUGAUAGUAAUGAAAUUUAUCUGGAUGAUAUACAUCGUGCGGCUGAAAAAUAUUCUAGAAUUAAUGCCGGUAAAAAGGUUAAACAUUUAUAUCCUUCAUAUCAUGAAAACAAUCGUGAUAAAGUCAGUGACGUUAUUACAGAGCCCCAUUUUAGACCCACCCAGAAAACUACUACUACCGCUACUACUACUACUAAAAGUACUACCACUAUAAAAACCACUACAAGCAAACCAACUACGACUUCACCAGCCGGAGAUAAUGUUACUUCAUCUGAAUCAUCGAGUAAAGUAACAUUUUUGAAUAUUACAUUAAACAAUGUAAAUAAAGAUAUGGCAGAAUCCCAUGUGAAACAUAGUAAAAUAAAAAUGAAUACCAUCAAUGGAAGUUCUAUCGACAUUGAAAAACUUUCAUCUAUAGCUAUUCUUGAAACAAAUGAAACAUGGCUCGGUAAUACGUCAAAUACCAACUCUGAGAAGAAGGAUGAUAAAAUAUCGAAUUUAAAACCCCAGAUAGAAAGCAGUAAAGCUCAGCAAGAUGAGAGCACUCAAUCAUAUUCAACAUCGCUUCCUUCGACGGCUGAAGAGAAAAACACAAUACAUGUUACUGAUUCUCCAAAAGAUAAUAUUAUCGACACUGUAAACGAAAAUCGUAAUUUGACAAAAGACUCAGUUAAACAUACUAGACCAAUGGGCGGCCAACUGUUUCAAGAUGUUGCUCAAAAAGAGCAGCCUUCUACAGGACUAAAAGGAGUGAAUGCUUGCCCUGUGAAAGAAGAAGUCGUCGCUCCGUUUUGGGCUAAUAACACAAGAGGAGAAGUUCUUGCAUUAUUAAACCUGUAUCCGUUCGAGCAGUAUGUGCAUUGGGAGAAAUGUGCAUACGAGUUGAAACAAAUGUACUGCAGGGAAGGAUGUCGCUGUGAACAACAAUACAGGCUACACCGUCUACUAGCAUACGAUCCACAUAAUGAAUGCAGAGGAAUAUUUUCUGAUUGGUUUAGAUUCCCAUCUUGUUGUAUUUGUAAGUGUUAUGAUAUUCCUUUUGAUUUUCGAGUUACCUCGAGAAGCCCGAGAACAAUAGUUAAAGAAUCUAUUCAAAUAGCAGAAGAUGAAUUACAAAAUGCAAUUUACGAUCAUGCUGUUGAUGAAUGGUAUCGACCGAAAAAUAAAGAAAUUUACUAAUAUUUACCAAAUAAAUAAAAUUAACGAAAACUGAUAAA